AUGAGUAACGAUCAAAUUGAUAAGGAAAAGAGUAAAGUACUAACAGCGCGCAUCGCUUUUGAUUAUGAUAAUAAUAAUAGUGAUGAUGAUGAUGACAGAGAUAAUAAUGACGAUAAUGAUAAUUAUGAUGUAGAGGAAGCUGUAGGCCGCCGCGUCGCGGCCUUAAGCUGCGGUGGCGAUGCAACAGAGACGACGUCCUAA